UCGAUUGUGCGCUUGCCUUCUCGCCCACUCUGACUCACAGUCCAAUUUUUCCCUUCCCAAUAACUCCUUCCUUCCUGUUUCGUUCUCUGCCCCCCUCCCUUCACAAACCCCCGGUGUGCUAGCUGGAUGAGCUUUGGCUUCGGCGCGACAUUACGUCAUUUUACAAAUCGUUUUAUAUGUCGUUUUUUGCGUUGCGAAGACUCAUUUUCUCCGGAGCCAAAGGACGUUUAAAGUCAACCUUUUUGUCACCGACUUGACGUCAUCAGGGCCGUUUUCUUUCUUGUGGUUUUCACGAUCUCCGCUGACAAAAGCCUGCUUGUCAGAUGUAGGGCGCCACGCAACCGAUGAAGCCUUUACUCCUUCCGGCCGUCUUUGGUGAAAGUGUUCAAGUUUGACAGGGGAGGUUUAACGGUUAUUUUGGAAUACUCUCACGCUGGGAGGAAGUAGAAAGGAGCCGGGGGCGAGCGGAGGAGGAGGUUGAGGACCCCGUCGAAGAAACGCCAACACCGGGUUGCCCGGAGGACGACACUAUUUUGGGUGAUGGCAAACGAGCCGAUCAUUCUUAAUGUCUACGAUAUGUACUGGAUCAACGAAUUUACCAGCACGCUCGGCAUCGGCGUCUUCCACUCAGGGAUCGAGAUCUACGGCCGAGAAUUUGCCUAUGGGGGUCACCCAUACCCCUUCUCAGGGAUCUUCGAGAUCACGCCCGGUGACGCCACGGAGCUGGGCGACACCUUUAAAUUCAAAGAAGCCAUCGUCCUGGGCAGCACCGACUUCACCGAGGACGACGUGGAGCGCAUCAUGGAGGAAAUGGGCAAAGAGUACAAAGGCAACGCUUACCACCUCAUGCACAAGAACUGUAACCACUUCUCCUCGGCGUUGUCAGAGAUCCUGUGCGGCCGCGAGAUCCCGCGCUGGGUGAACCGCCUGGCCUAUUUCAGCUCGUGCGUGCCCUUCCUGCAGAGCUGCCUGCCCAAAGAGUGGCUGACGCCAGCCGCCCUGCAGUCCAGCGUCAGCCAAGAGCUCCACGCCAGCAGCGAGCCGGAGGAAGCCGAGGAUGCCGCGGCCUGCUCCUCGCUGGCGGCCGUGGCGCCUUCCUCAUCCUCGUCGUCCAACCGCCACCAGCCACGGCGGUAAAGAAAAAAAAAAACAGUGCCGACCAAAAGACAUUUCACAAUGACAUAACACGUACUUCUGGGUGGCAGAAACUUUUGCAUUCUCCGAUGGCACCGCUAGUAAUGUUUACUCCACUGCCUGUCAGAAGGUUCGGCCAUGGUUUCAGUUCAGAUCCACGCUAGUCAAUCAUUUUUCUGCCACCCUGGUGCUUGUGUUUACAAACCUGUAAUGGUCGAUUUCCCGUUUUAACCCUCACCAGCCGCAGAAGGACCCAACCAACUAGGUUGAAUGGUGCUUCUACCUGUUGCAGGUAAUCCGAGCCAAACGUCCCCAUGUGGACCUUGUCACUUUUUUUUUUAAGACCUUUAACCUUCUGCGGGUCUGUUUUUUUCAUCAUUUCGAAGCUGAAGGAGAAUGACUUGUUUCUUAGUAGCAACACCCUGCCGUGGUGCCUUCGAGCUGGCUCACCAGGAGGAGCGACCCAACUUUUGUGAUUUUUCAUUUUAUUUUAUUUUAUUUUUUUAAACACAGAGCACAGCGACGCCUCCUGAUGUUUUAUUAGCAUCUGAUUUUAAGUGCCGGACUUAAAAUGAGUGGGACUGCGCAGCCUUUUCCUUUACGACACAAGUUUCUUUUGUAUUGUGUUUUUCUUUGAUAAACUCAGGACCUCGAAAA